CGUGCCUCCUCUUCCCUUGUGGCAAAUUUUCUCUCGCUUCUCGAGGUCUUUCUUCGUCGAUCCGCUGGCUGCUGUCUGCGGACGAAAUCUCUUUUUCGCCGUCUCAAUCUCGCCGCUCGGUCUCGCCCUCUGUGCGUCGGCAACGGGUCUGCUACUUCGAAAGAAGAAGAACACAAGUAGGGUCUCGCUGUUCUUCUGCCUGGUUCCUCUUUUCCUUGUCUUCUUUUCUCCGUCUCUCUUCCUCCGUCCUCCCUGGAGCUGGGCGCUCCCUGCUGUCGAAUUUCCUCCUCUCUCUCUGCCUGCAGCUUCGCCUCUCUUCCCUCUCUCCAAAGCGUCUGCCCGUGCGUCCCUCUUCUUUUUCUUCGCCUUUCCUUGCACUUUCUCGUCCUCUCCGUCUUUUCACUUUCUCCUUUCCGCCGAACUGUCUGGCUCAUCCGUCCUUUUUCUCCCUUUCGCCCCGCACCGCCGCCCACUCUUCUCGCAGCUGGCCCGUGGACACUCUGCUUGGUCGUCGGCUGUCUCGAGUGCGACCUCUCCAACUCCCCCGCCCUCGUUCUCCCGCGGCGCCCUCCAGAACUGCCCUGGACCCUGUGAGGCUCUGAGGGCCUUCGCUCCUCCACCUCUCCCUCGUGUCUCUGCUGCCUGCUCUUCAAUGCUGCAGCCCCACCCCCGCAGCACGAAAGCGCAAAAUGCGGCGCCGGGCUUGGCCGGGUCUCUGUCCUCGGGAUCCUUGGGCCUGGCGGGCGCCGCCGGCUUGAGCUCCACCAGUGUGCCCUUUCUGCCGCCGCCGUCUCGCCACAACGGCGUCUCGCAUGCCGCAGCGGCUUCGCAGGCCCUCGCGCCCUCUGCCGCCUCGUCUACUGCGUCGCUCUCCUCUCAAGCCCACUCUGCGCUCCGCGGCGUCGCUCCACCCGCUGCAGCUGCCGGCCUCCCCGGCUCGGGGGCCUUCCUCCCCGCGUACGCGUCUCCUCUCUACGCGGGCCAGCACGCGGGGCCGGUCGCCGCAGCCAAGGGCUCCCGCCACUUGCUGCAUGCGCAUGCUGUUGGAGCCGCAGGUGUCGGGGGCCCUCUGACGGGCUCUGCGCCGCUUCAGGGCGCCGUGGGGCCGUCGUCAGCGAGCCCAGUCGUCCACCCUGUCCUCGAGUUGCUUCAGUUGCAGAAUGCUCAGGUGGCUGAGAGUCGCCGAGCCGUCGGGCGCCCGGCGCUGGAUCCCGUCCCCGUUGUCCUUGGAUUCCAUCACCUCGUUCACUCGCCGGAAAAAGCCGCGGGGGAAGUCGGCUUAGUGGACGUGGUUGAGUUCCCCAGAAGUCCUGUCGUGCUCCGCCAUGUCCUCUUCCUCGGCCUUGGAGAGAGGAUACACCCGAACGUCGACUUCGAGGGCCAGUCCGACCCCGCGCCUGCAGACUGCGAGCUCAGGGUCUUCGCGCGCGUUCUCCCGCCUCUCUCCGAGUAUACGGCGACGCAACAGAGAUCCCACGCGAACUACCGGCCUCUCCACGCGAACGAGAGGCUUGCGGCGGAAGCCGAGGCCCGUGUGGGUGAAGGGGCGAGGCCCGUUCAGUGGCGAGUCUUUGAGCUCGAGUCGCCUGAGACUGGAAGCCCAGAGGGAGAAGAAGAUCUCGCUGUCGACCAGCUCGUCGUCUGCGGAAGAUACCGGGCGCUCUCGGUUGUUUUUUUCGGCCAUGUGCACUCCACUUCUUCCAAGGCAUCGUUUUUCGCAGACCUCAGUUCGCGUCCCGGGCGCGCGCCAGCGUCUCCGUCCUUUGUGGACCUGGCCCCGGUGUCUUGUGAGAGUGUCGCCUCCAGUUGCGCCCUUUUCUCUUCUUUCUCUUCUUCGCCGACCCCGACAGCCUGUCCGCUUCUCCUUGGGCUCCACGGCUUGCCGGAGCGAAAGGCUGUCGGCGCCGGGGCUGCGCUCAAUGCGCUUCUUCAGGACUCUCUCCUCAGUCCCAUUCAGAAGCACCUGGAGGCGUGGCUGAGAGCGGCCAAGACGGCACAGCAACUCCACGAGGCCUCUCGCGAAGGCGCCACUUGCGCGCCCGGCCUCCAAGAAAGGAGACACGCCGAAAAACGCGAGGAAGACGGAGCCCACGGAGACGGUGCCGGGGUCUCAGACACACCCACACCUGCGGCUCUCGCGAGAGACGAGCAGGGCGCCGGCGCGCUCAAGCGAAAGAGACAGGUGGAUCGGGAGGGCCUCUCGGGAGGUGAAAACAGCCUUAGGGGCGAGAAAGGAGACAGUGAGUCGGACGCGCGAGGAGACUCACGUGCGAACAACGCCGGCGAAAAUGACGUGGACAUGGACGAGAAGCGGCCUGGAGAGGCCCGCGUCGCCCUCGACGAAACGACGCCUCGUCUCGGCCCCAGAGAUGGCGAGGUGGGCGGGGCGCCUCCUUCGCUGGACGAGGAGAUGGAGGGUGCGGGUCUGGCCCUUCAAGAGGGCGAGACAAAGGGAGACGUUCGCGGAGUCCGAGAGACAGGUCCGUGCCACAGUGUCUCCGCGUCCAGUGUUGCUCCGUCAAGUGCGGGCGGCGCGCCUAUCACCGACUCGAAGCCAGACCUGAUGACUGCGGCGUCUACAGGGCUCUGCAAGAAUGAUCCUGACGAGGCAGAUGUGUCUUCCAAUUUGGAUUCCGACUCUGUGUCGACUUCGCGCGACUCACGCACCAGAGGGGGUCUCCUGGGCGUUGACGGCGAGUCCGGAUCUCCUUCCCUACCUGCCGCAUCCCUCCCAGUGCCUGUCCCUUCAAUGAGGUUUUGGGUCGAAUCUCUGCAACUCGUCUCACGCUUGUUUUCGGGAUUUGUCUCCUCUCCAGACUCGCCUCUCGCCUCCGUCUUCUCGGCUUCGUCCUCUGCCGCUGCCCCCUUCUCUCCGGAUCUUCUUCUUCUACUCGCAGCCGCCUCCUGCGGGGCUCUGGAGGCCCUAGUCCUUGGGCCCAAGGCCCGCGAGGCCCGCCGGCGUGCCGCGGAGGCGCGAGCCCUGAGGCGCCCAGAGAGACAGGGGAGAGCGCGUGUGGGGAAGAGGUGCGGACAGACGGAAGGAGAAAACGUCAUCGCCGCAGAGUCCAGCUGCGCGGGCGAAGACACUGCGGAGAUCGCCGCGAGACUCCUGGGGCUCCACGGGCUCGUCCGAGGCGCGGUCGCGGAGGCGCGCGCCGCAUGGGAGGUCGGCCAGACCAGAGAGAAGAAGGAGACAGUUGAGAAGGGCGAGGGGCAGCGCUUGUCUGAGGACGCCGUGACGCCGUGUGACGUGGAGGCGGAGAAAUGCGGGGAACAGGGGGCACCUGGCGGGGACGCGGGGAGACAGGAUGCGUCUCCCCGUAGAGUGUUUUUCGAUGUCGAGGCCGAGAAUGAAAUGCAAGAGCGGGUGGCGGUCGGUGAAUCCCGUUCGUUGGGCUCUGAGCGACGCCGCUCUUCUCCAGGCCCGUCUUCGCUGUUUGUCUCCUUUCUCACCCCCAGAGGCACAGAGGCGGGUCCAGAAGUCGGAGGCACUUCUCUUCUUGUCCUCGUUUUACGCACAAUGAGGAGACUGUCUCUGCUGAGGGAGACGGCGCAGCUCCUUGUGGCCGAGGGCGCCUUGGAGCUCCUCAUGUCCAUUCUGGUUGAAGCGCCAGUUUUGCCGACGGGGGAACAAGGGAGCCAAGCAGCGGAGUUUGUGAAGGAGGCCAGACAGGAGAAGAUCGCAGCCAGAGGCUGGAAAGUGAAGGUCGAGGCACUAAAGGCGCUGCUCGUCCUCGCGUCCCACGUGGAAGGAAUGGAACGGCUUCUCGGAUGGGAUUCUCGCGAAAACGGCGAGGCUGUUCACCUCGUCGCCUCGGCAGCUUCUUCGCGGGGGAUGGGGGCUUCCAGCGAAAAGGACGAACAGCCAACGACGGGAGAGAUCCAGAGCAGUUUGUAUUCGCACUUCCUGCAGGCCCUCGCCUCUCAGAUUUCCUUCAGUCGGUACCACCUCAAACGCUUCGCUGCGGUUCUCCUGUCUCGAGUCAAACUGUACUUCCUUUUAGCUUCUCUCCAACAAGUAACUGUCUCUCUUCUGUCACCUUCUCCGUCUUCGGCUCCGUCCUCUUCCCCUUCUUCGCUUCUCGCUUCUUUGUCGUUCGCGGGGCCUGGCGGGGAGGCCUGUGCAGAGAAGUCGGAGGCAGAUGCGUACGUCUUUGGGCGGGUCUGCCCCAAGGGCGGAGCAACUCGCACGGCGCGGCAGAUUCUUCUGGAGAAAGGAGACGCCUGGGUGACCCUCGCGGCGGAGGCAGUCGAGGCCCUGAAGCUGCAGCUUCUCCACCAAACGCUCCCUGCCUCGGCGACUGCAGCCAGCAGAGACGAGCGAGCUGAGACCGAACUGGCUUGGCCGCUGAGCCCCUCCCGUCCGUGGAGCGCCGCGGCACUCGUCGUCGCCUCGCGGCCUUCGCUGCCCGUACAUCUCCAGCGGUUCUUGCAGGCUCGAAGGACGCUUGCCUCCUUCGCGGUCCUCGCCCGGUGUCUGCACACCCGGCUGGGCGUGGUGUUGUGUCCGUCGACCGCUGAUGUGCGGCUGCUCUCGAGUCUGCGCAGCGUCCUUCUGCUGUUCUUGCGAGCAACAAACGGGCCUCUGUUUCUCGCGUCGCAUGCCGAAGCCACGCAGACUCUGCUCUCCCUUCUGGAGGCGAUUGGCCGCAUGCUGCUCUCGCGCUCGGCCUUGCUGCCAGACCCCCUCAACAGCGAGACUCACACUCUCUCUCUCUCUCUGAAGCAACAUCUUCUGGCCCUCACCUCUCCACAAGCUCUCGCUCCCUCGGGCCUCCCGUCGGGCGGCCUCCCCUGUUUGGCGUUCGCGCCUGUUGGCGUUUCCGUCUUUGGGCUGUCUGCGUGGACGUGCAUGCGGGCGCUUUUGGCGGCGCGACGGGGCAGCGAGGCCUUGGAAGCCGCUGCGGGCCCGCAGGACUGGGUGGGCCUGUGGGGCCCCGCCGAGCAAGGCUUCAUCGAGGGCCUUCUGCCGACGAAGAAGGAAGAAGAAGCAGCUGUCAUGGUGGUGCAUGCAUCGGCCGCCAUGCGUCUCCACCUUGAGGCUCUCGCUCUCUUGGAGCGGUUUCUCGAGACUUCACUGCUUGCCUCGGAGUCGGGAGAAGAGACGGGGGAAAUUUACGUCGAUGUCGAGGUUCUCGCGGCUCUCGAAAGAAUGGCAGGAACCCCAGGAGGUCGCCAGGCCGUAGCGGCAGCCUUUCGAUUACGACAUGCCGACGUAUUCCUCGCGAUGCUGCUCGUGGAGUCCGUGGCCGCGCUGGAGCGUCUCCAAGGUAGCGACGGUGAACUCGCUCCGCAAGGGGGCGGCCCGUCAAUCUUUGUGGGGAACGGCGAAAGGAAGGAGACAGGAGAGGCAGAUCGUCUGCGCCUUUCGGGGCCCUCUGUGGAGCGUCUGAGCUGCUUGAGAAGCCUCCUUCUCCUCAUCUGGUCCCUCGUCCUCGAGGACGAGUUUGCGUCCUUCCUCUUGCCUUGCGGGCCUCUCCUUCUCGUCGGGAUUCGCCCCCUCGCCCUUCUCGGCGCCCAGAUCAACAGCAACAAAGACGGCGAAGAAACCGAUCGGAAUCCAGUGACUCCUGGAGAAGAGGCCCGUGAGGCGGGAGGCGAGACGGACGAAGGGAGACGCGACCCUGACGACUCAAGUUUCGGGGGUCUCUCCGCGCAGGCGCAGGCUUCGAGCUUCAUCAGAGUUCAGACGCAUUGCGGCGUCGAAACGAUGCUGCGUGGCGAUCGCGAACUACGUUCCAAGGUUGUUUCUCUGUACCAGGCGCUGCUGUCUCUGUACGUCGGCUCUGAGCAGAUGGAAUCCCUUCCCUCGCCCUCUGCUUUGCUUGUGUCCGUCGCGUCUCUGCCGCCGCCCCCUUCUCCCAGGGCGCUGGUGGACUCGAUUCGUUGCCUUGAGGCGCCUUGCGCCCUGCGGGCCCUGCAGGCGGCUGCGGGCGCGGGGCCCGCGGGCCCUGGGGCUCCAGUCGGCCGGUUGGGCUCGACGGCCGCGCCGGGUGCGGCGACUGCGGGUCCUGGGACGGGCGCGAGCCCAAGUGGAGGGGCCGCCGGCGCCCGGGCGGCUCCAGCAGCGGUUUUCGGAGGGAUUGAAGGAGGGCAAGGCGUUGAGCUGAUUGACGUGGCGUGGGGUUCAGAGCUGCAGGCGGCGUCGUCCUCUCCGUCUCUCGCCACUAUGGGCUCCAUGAAGGGACAGGCGGGGAGUCUCGCCCCAGCCGGCGGGGACGCGGAGGCCUGGGAACUGGAAGGCGACACUCCACCCCCGGGUGCGCCUCUGAGCGCGCUGCUUGCCGCGCGACUUCUCACGCUGUAUGUGCGACGGUGCCCCCACGUGCUGCUCUUUGCGGGCCCCGAAGAAAUUGAGUAUUUUCUUUCUUCCGACGCCUGCGAAGGAGGUCCCUCACAGCCGAGCUUCGCUGGGAAGGAAGAAGUACGCGACGACGGCUCCCAGUUCCUCUCGAAGCUCGCAGUCGAGGACGACGGUGACGAAGAGGUUGCAGCCUGGGGCUGCGACCGCCUCGACAGCGACGGCCUCGGACCCUUAGAGCGGAGGCUUUUGGUGUCUCUGAACCGUCGCGGAGAAGCGGGAGGAGUUCUGGAGAGAGCGGAUUCACCCGAAAGCGAGCCGUCGAUCUUCCUUGAGAAACAGAGGUUGUACGCUCGCGUAGGACUCGCAAAUGGGGUUCCGACGCACCCAGGUUUGGGGCUAUUUCUGCUGUCAGCUGAUGGUCAGAAGGCCCUCAUCUCCUGUCUGGCGAGGUGCGCGGCCCGUCUGGAGCCGCCGCCGGGAAAUCUGGCGACGAUGGCCUCCUGGCAACUCCGUGGGCCCUGCAUGCAUGCAUGGGUAAAGGCGAGAGAAGAGACUCUUCCCCUCGUUCGCGCCCUGCUCGUCCUCCUCUACAACGUGCUUCACGGCCUCACUCGUCCAGUGGCUGACGACGAAGAAGACGACGCAACGGGGUACCGAAACCUAGAUCUCCUUCAGCUUCUGCUUCUCCUGACGGCGCGGCUCUUCGCCUUCGGCGACUGGGUGGGCGGCGCGGCCUGGGAGGCUGAGGCCCGUGCUGCCGUCGCUGCCGCAUGCAGUGAGGCAGAGAAGAACCGUGGGAGGAAAAGCGAACACGCGCAGAACCUCCUCAGCCUCGCGUCUGACGCUGCCUCUCCCGAGAGGCUGUGUAAACACACUGCCGACAAGAACCAGGAGACACACCUCUCGAGUUCCCGGCUCUUCUUCUCCCCCUCCGUCCCCUCCCUGUGCUCGGAAGCCGCAAAGACAUCGCGUUGGUUGGCGGGGGCCGAGGCCCCGGGCCACGGAGACAGUUGUCUCCAGGCGCGGCUCUGUCUGGCGUGGUGUUGCCGACUCUUCUUUCUGUGGUUUCAAAGCUUCCGCGACUCCCAGGCCUUCCUCGUGAAGCACUUGAUUCGCCUGGGUGCGGCCUCGCUGCCGUCUCUGCAACAGGCGUCUCUCCUGCUUCUCACCUCUCUCUCCUCGUUUUCCUCGAUCCUCCCCGCGGCCCCACACUCCUUCCACCUCCUGCCGUCGCCUCGGCGCCCGCCGGUCUGCGGGGGCGGCGUCUCGCCCCUCGAGCUGGCUAGCGCCGCUGCGGAGGCGAAGCGUGACCGGGAGAAACUGGCAGAUUCGAGAAACGGACGAAAUGCGCCUUCGUGUCAACUCAGCGCCACAGUCGCCGCGAUGCUCCCGCCCACCGUCACGCUCUCAGCGCGCGUCUUCUCUCUUCUGGACAUGUGCUCGCUCGACUACAGAGAGUCGAGGGAAGGCGUCGAGGCCGAGGAGGGAGACAGAGGACUCAGAGGCAAAGGCCCUCGACCUGCACCCUGUACCGGGAACAGAAUACACAAACCGGAGCCGGAGACGCGGCCGCUGUACUUGUGCUGCGAAAUCGACCUCACAGAAGAAAUCGCCGCAGCCGUCUCCUCCUCGUCUUCCUCGCUCGGCCCCGCGGCAGUCUUCGGGCGUCUCUCGAUGGGAGACGAAGGCAUCGUCCCGAUGGAGGAAAGUGUCUCCGCGGUGAGGCCCGAAGAGGAAGAAGAGGACGUCGCGGACGUCUACCGACUUCUCAAGGAGACACUGUGGGGCGGUGCCGAGGACGAGAGAGAGGCCGCGAACGAAGAGGACGCCGACAAAAAUGAACUGAACUCCCUCAGACGGUGGAUGCGAGAGAACGAGAACAUUCGCGUCGAGGAACUCGCCGUCCUUGUCUCCGUCGUCACGCGAGCCGCUGUCUCUUCCUCCGCCGCCCUCCACGCUCUAGGGUCGCACGCAGCGGCGCAGCUGGCCGCUCACCGCUUCCCUGUCUACUCGCUGCUCUUCGAGUGUAUGGACACCCUGCUGGACACCGUCCUCCAGAACUUUGCAGACACUCGCAGCGAAGACACCCGCGAGGACGCAAGUCGGCAGACGGGAGACGAGGAGACAGAAGCAAGCAAAGGAGACAGAACUGAGAGGCCCGAGAGAGAGAAUGGCGCACUCAAUGAGGUUUUCGCCCUUGUGCCAGGGUCCCGCUCGUUGGAGGCGUCGAAGUGUCUCUGCCGUCUCCUGCUAUUCAUCGAGCGUUUGGUGGCGCUGCAGGCGAAGGCGUCUUUUUCGUCGCUUGCGGAGCUCGAGCGGCUUGUCUCUCUGCCGUCCACGCGCCUCCUACAGGUCUCCCUCACGCUUAUCUCUUCUCCUGGUCUUCUGGUCGCUGCUGCGGGCAGUUCCGGCCGCGGAGCGCGACCUGCGUUCGGAGGCGAAGGCGGAAACCUCGCAGAACGAGGUGCAGACCAAGUUGAAGGAGUUGAGCAGAUGCAGGAGAGCCAGAAGGCAGUAGCCCAAGCGUUGUUGAGGUGCGCAAUUCGCCUGGCGACGAACAUCGUGGUCGCGUACCAGCGUUUAGUGAACAGCGCCCGUGAGGCCGUUGAGCGUCGGGAGGCGUGUGCGUUUGCGGAGAGCGAAGAAGAGAAGCUGGUGGAUGUCCCCAACCACCUUGCGGUGGCAAGGAAGAUUGCCGAGGCGCUGAGCACGAUGUGCAAUCGCAGCGACGCAGCUCAACUGGGGUUCCCGACUCUAGGACUCGCCCUCGGCUUCUUCGUCACCCUCAGCGCGCAUCCACUCACUCUCCUCACCGCGGCCUUUGACCUCCCUCCGCACUCCAGCGACGCGGUUCUCCUCCCUCUCCGAAGUGGGCAAGCUGAACUGACCGCCGUCGCCGCAGGGGCAAAUUCGGCUCUCCAACUCGGGGCCUUCUUCAGCCGAGUCGCCGCUCACACGCGUACGGCUGCCCAGCAUCCAGAAGACAGCAGGUCGCACCUCUGGCUGGGACUGGCAGACCGUCUUCUCCUCCUCGUUAACCUCCUUCUGUCGCAUGCAACUCACCCGGUGGCGCCGCUCUUCUCUCUGCUUCGGCCAGAGGGGGAAAAGGCGAACUGCCCCUGGGAGUCUGAGCCCGAGGUGACCGACGCGAGAGACGCCGGCCGCGGAGACGAGGGUGCAGAUGACUUGGACAUCUACGCGGAUUUGCAGCCUGGUGAAACUGAGCCUGAAAAGGGAGAUGAAACUGGGGACAACACCGCGCCCGAAGGCCCCGCUUCACGGGCUGUGGCUGGGCUUCGAACUGGUGCCCAGAAAGACGACCCCCGGGAGACUCUGCUGCGGCCUCUCCGUUCCGCACUGGAGACACUCUUGUCUCAGUGCCAGUUGUUCCUUGCGGCGCAGGCCUCGCGGGCAUCGCAUGCGAAGAAACUGGGAGAAGACACACAAACAGCAGCCGACAUCGAGAAGACGCAACGCAUGCGUCUCCUCGCCCAACAAGCGGUCGCGCUUCUGGCAAAAACCGAGGAAACAAGCAGACGCAUUGCAACUCUGAAGCUCGAGCCCCCGCCGCUGCUGCUCGAAGGCUCCUCGUUCUUCCCCGCCUCGCCUCCACAGAUCCCUGGACUGAAGGAAUGCCUCUUCUGGGGUGGAGAAGACGCAUUUCUCUGGGACAUCGUCGCCCACUGCGACGUCAGUUUCAACGUUUCUGUGCGGCGCGCAAACUCCCUAACCGAUCCCCUCCUCCCUAUCCCGGCUGCCCAGCCUGUUCGAGACCGCACGCUGCGCCUCGUCCUCGAGACUGCCCUCACUGCGAGAGCUCUGGAGAGCAGCGAAGACUGGUGGGCUGCAGUGAGCCUCGAAGCCGUUUCCUGCGAGGAGCCCAGUCUCGCAGGGCCCGGGGCGCCUCAGGCCGCCGGAGACGCGACCGUGGUCGGUGCGGGCUCUGGAGCGCUACGCGGAGAGGCAGGUGUCUCUGGCGGCCCGAAUGAACAGGACGCGAAGGGGAGAGGCGCGCACGAUGCCGACGCCCCACAGCUUCCCGUAUGGUUCUCGGAUCCUCUCGCUCGUUUUCAUCAGGCCGUCAGCGUGCCAGCUCCGGUGGACUGCACUGCGGGGCCUCCGCCGGGGCCUCCGGGGAGGGCGCCAGGCUACGGCGCGAGCGGCCAGGGGGCGUUCACGUCGGCGUCCGCCGCGGCUGCCGGGGGGGCCCGGAGCGUUGGAGCCCAAGGCGCCGGUGCAGGGCGCACACACGAGGGAUCGGCGACGGCAGAUCCCUUCCGCUCGAGAACCAAGUCCAGCAGCAGAGCUCCGAGUAAGCAUGUGGACGAUUAUGAGGCUGCAGUUCCCGGGGGUCUUACUUUCCAGAAGAAGCCCGCGGCGAUUCCGCCUCCGCCGCCCCCUGAAAUCUCUGCAGCCCCGUCGCGUGAAGUGUCUCCUGGAGACGAAGGCUCCGCGGGACAGCAGACCCCGGCGCUCGCAGUUCCAGCCGGGACCCCACAACAGGCCACCGGGGCGGCGACAGCCGCUCCAGGAGGCCCACUGGGCCCACAGGGGGCUGCGCCCCCGCAGGGCCCGCUGCACACGGGAGCAGGCCCCUUUUCCGGAAAGGAGACUGAAAAGGAAGUCGAGAGAGAACAGGCUGACGGACCACAGGUUCCCGUCUCGGGAGCUGGAAGCCUCCGCAGGCAGCAGCUUCCUUUCGGGGUCGAAGUGGACCCUUCGACGUCUCAGGCAAUGUACUCUGGGGCGCAGGCUCCUCAGCCCCAGCCGCAAGGGCCUGGCCAGCAACAGGCCCCUCUGCCCUUCCAGCAACUGCCUCCAGCGACGGCCUUCGGGCUAUCGGCGGCCCGUUCCGCGCCUCCGGGGGCAGUAGGCCCAGGGGGAAGUGCGGGGAGUGGGGGGGCUCUGCCUGGCCGGGCGCCGGCAGGAGACAGUCUGGGCCCCAUGUUCGUGCCGGGGGGCGCUGCGGGGCCGCAGGCGCCUUAUGCAGGUUUCCAGGCUUCUCAGAUUCCUGCAUCGACCCUCCACGUGGCGCCGGGUUAUCUGCCUGCUCAGCCGGCAGUCGCGCCCCUGGGGGCUCCUGGGACCGGUCUCAGUGAGACCCCUGGACUGUCUGUACACCCCGGGAUGGCUGUGCAGCCACAGGACACGCAGAUUCCGUCUUCGCGGGUGGGGCAUCAUGGCCUCCUGCCACCCCACCUUGGCGACCCGGGGGCUUUUGGCCCGCCGGGGCAGCCCGCCCGGGGCGUAGGACCCGGCGACCCCAGACCCGAAGAACCUGGGCGAUGUCGAGAAGGCCGAGCCCCAACGCUGGCAGGGCCCCCUGUCUCGGACGCGCCCAGAGACACGGGCGGUGCAGAGGAACAGGGACUGGACGCCGUGCCCGGCUGGAAGGAGUUCGCAGCCGACGGCUUGAGAGAAAACAUGGACGUUUCAAAGCUUGCACAGCACCCUGAGCUCCUCAAAGACCCCCGCAUCAAAUCGCGAUUCAUGCGCCUUCUGAGUCGGCACGAACAGAUCAAAAAUAUCUUCCGGAUGCUGGGCCUCGAUGUCUGAACUCUCCGGCCACACCCCUUUGCAUCCCACACAACAAUUCCUUUUCUCUGCAUGCAUAUAUAUAUAUAUAUAUUUAGAUAUACAUGUAUAUGUAUGGGAGGUUAUACUGGUUGAGAGUCGAAAGGUUGUAGGAGAGUUAGGAAACUGUCAGAAGAUCGCCGUUACGCAAAUAUACAUACAUGGAGUGCUCUGUAUGUUGACAUAUGCGGAUUUCCGUGUGUUUACGUACUUAGGUAUUGGCGCAUGUGUUUAUACUGGGGCACGUGCAUGCAUGGAGGGGUCACUGGGGAUGUUGCGAAAAAAUCGAAGAGUUCACUUUUGCCCCGGUUUAUGCUAACUUUCUCUCCACUGAAUAUGCGUUCAGUUACGAGGUACGGAGAGUUUGUGUGUAGGACUGUUAUCUAAAACGGCGGUAACUGCUGCGUUUCAGUAGCGAUUAACGUUCUCUUGUUCUUGAGUACUCAAUGUUUCAUGUGGGGAGGAUUGAGGAGGGAGGCGAGGCUUCCAACGCGUCUGCUUCAUCUACUCGUAUUUCGCGACUUUUGAGUUUCCACGUUCUGUCUUCUUCCCUGUUGGCUCUCUCUGUCGCCUUUCCAGCGGUCUUGGCUGCUGUCUGUGGAUUUUCUCCCGUUUCUUCCGUGUGGUUUUUCUCCCUGUGAAAGGCUCCGGUCUCCGCGUUUUUCGUGACGACACUCGAGCUCGUUUCCUGUGUCUCGUCUUUUCGGUCGGAAAACCAACUUCGUGGACAGACGCUUUUUUUGCCCUUGCGUCUUCUUCUCGAUGAUGCGUUCUGGAAUGCACCGACUAGGCGCUGAAAAACCUGAAAACACUCUCGCUGGAAGCAACACCGACUUGAAGCUCCAGCUUCCUCCCUGUCUCCAAUGAACAUCUUUUUCACCCUUUCUCCAUCAAGUGCUUUGUUUCGCCUUCCUACGGACUAUGGUCUUUGUUUACCGGGUCCAAGUUCUAGUGUGCUCUGCAUGGCCGCCAUGUUAAGAACAUUAAGUAUAGUGGUAUCCAGCAUAUGUUUGAAAAACCAACAUUUGUAUACGGGCUGUACAAAUAUCAUGAUAUUCACUGUGGUAGUCUCUUGCCUAAUAUCAGUAUGUACGAAUGGGCCUGGGCCUGGCGCCUAUUUAGUAACUGGAUGAACGCUUUUAACGCCUGGCAUGUACG